AUGAGCCUCAUCGCUGAAGAUGAAUUUUCGAUGUCAGUAACACAAAAACAGCAACAAAUACGAGUAUGUAUUAAAUUUAUGGAUGAGCAUCCUUCUUUGGCCAAUGACUAUAAACCUAAUUCUGUACAAGGGAACGCGGACCUUAGUAUGUUGUGGGCCGAAUUGGCUGAAAUUUUAAAUUCGAAUGACCCACCUAUGAAAAACAUUGCUGGUUGGAGGAAGUUUAAAAUGGAAUCGCAAGCAGAAAAUGACGACCGUAGUUCCAAUUCCUCGAUAAGCAGCACAACAGAUAAUCCCCGUUCUUAUAAUGCGAAACCCGCAACUUCCCCAAAAGAAGUUUCAUCAAUUAACAGAUUUUGCAGUCAAGUUAAAACAGAUUCUAUAUCUGAUGGUGAUAUGUCUGAUUUUUCUAACGAUAGCGAAGAUGAAGAAUUCAACAAUCAAACAGAAGGGCAAAACAGUAACCCGCAAUCACACGUUCAAAGUACAUCUCCCGUUGGUGAUAAUAUUAUGAAAAACGGUCAAGUUGUCGUGCGAAAAGUGUUUACAAACACUAGAGAGCGCUGGCGUCAACAGAAUGUUUCUGGUGCAUUCUCUGAACUUCGAAAAUUAGUUCCAACACACCCACCUGACAAGAAAUUAUCAAAAAAUGAAAUUCUUCGAAUGUCGAUUAAGUACAUAAAGCUCUUAACAAAUGUUCUUGAUUGGCAGAAGCAAGAAGAACUAAAAUAUGCCGCAGAAGAAAAUGAACCAAACAACAAUGACAAAUCUACGAUUAAUGUUAUGAAAGAAUUCCAUGUUAAAUGUGAGCGCUCUAUUGUUCAAUUAGAUAACAUCCAAAGAAGUACCAAUAACAAUCUUCUAAUGAUCGCUCCUCAAAAUCAAAAUCAAACUCAAACAAAAGCGAUUAAAUUGGAAGCACCCGAUGAACCAUCGUCGUUUCAUUUUCGUCCCGAUGUAUUACCAACAAACACCACGAUCAACACACGAUACUUGACGAAAUUCAAUAGACCCAAAAAAAGAUCCAAUCAACAUCCACAACAACAUCCAAAACCAGAUUUAUAUUUGAAACGAAAAAAAGAUAGAAUAUAG